AUGGAGGCCGCGCCCGGGACCCCCCCGCCGCCACCAUCAGAAUCGCCGCAGCCGCCAUCGCCGCCGCCGCCAUCAUCAACGCCUUCGCCUCCUCCGUGUUCCCCCGACGCCUGCCCGGCCACCCCGCACCUCCUCCACCGCCUCCCGCUCCCUGACGACAGGGAAGAUGGGGAGUUGGAAGAAGGUGAGCUGGAAGAUGACGGGGCGGAGGAGACCCAGGACACCUCCGGGGGACCCGAGAGGAGCCGAAAGGAAAAGGGGGAGAAGCAGCAUAGUGAUUCGGACGAGGAGAAGUCCCACCGAAGACUGAAGCGGAAGCGGAAGAAAGAACGGGAGAAGGAGAAGAGGAGGUCGAAGAAGAGGAGGAAAUCCAAGCACAAACGCCACGCUUCUUCCAGCGAUGACUUCUCGGACUUCUCAGAUGACUCGGAUUUCAGCCCCAGCGAGAAGGGGCAUCGCAAGUACCGAGAGUACAGCCCCCCGUACGCACCGUCCCACCAGCAGUACCCGCCGUCACACACCACGCCCCUGCCCAAGAGGGCCUACUCCAAGACGGACAGCAAAGGCUACGGCGUGUACGAGGGCUACGAGAACGAGCAGUACGGGGAGUAUGAGGGCGACGAGGAGGAGGACCUGGGCAAGGACGACUACGACGACUUCACCAAAGAGCUGAACCAGUACCGGCGCGCCAAGGAGGGCAGCGGCCGGGGCCGAGGCAGCCGAGGCCGUGGCAGGGGCUACCGGGGCCGAGGCAGCCGCGGGGGGUCCCGAGGCCGAGGCAUGGGCAGAGGCAGCCGCGGAAGGGGCAGGGGCUCCGUGGGAGACCACCCGGAGGACGAAGACGACUUCUACGAGGAAGAGAUGGAUUAUGGAGAAAGCGAGGAGCCCAUGGGAGACGAGGACUAUGACGAGUACUCCAAGGAACUGAGCCAGUACCGCCGCUCCAAGGAUGGCCGGGGGCGAGGGUUAAAUCGAGGCCGUGGCCGGGGUUCCCGAGGUCGAGGGAAAGGGAUGGGCCGGGGUCGCGGCCGAGGCGGCAGCCGAGGAGGGAUGAACAAGGGCGGGAUGAACGACGACGAAGACUUCUAUGACGAGGACAUGGGCGAUGGCGGCGGGAGCUACCGGAGGAGUGACCAUGACAAGCCCCACCAGCAGUCCGACAAGAAAGGCAAAGUCAUCUGCAAAUACUUCGUGGAGGGGCGGUGUACGUGGGGAGACCACUGUAAUUUUAGCCAUGACAUUGAACUACCAAAGAAGCGCGAGCUGUGCAAGUUUUACAUCACCGGCUUCUGCGCCCGGGCCGAGAACUGCCCCUACAUGCACGGUGACUUCCCGUGUAAGCUGUACCACACGACGGGGAACUGCAUCAAUGGGGAUGACUGCAUGUUCUCCCACGACCCCCUGACCGAGGAGACGAGAGAGCUCUUGGAUAAGAUGCUGGCUGAUGACGCAGAGGCGGGCGCCGAGGACGAGAAGGAGGUGGAGGAACUGAAGAAGCAGGGCAUCAACCCCCUGCCCAAGCCGCCCCCUGGCGUGGGCCUCUUGCCCACCCCUCCCCGGCCCCCCGGUCCCCCGGCCCCGACCUCUCCCAACGGCAGGCCCAUGCAGGGCGGCCCCCCGCCCCCACCCCCGCCCCCACCCCCACCUCCCGGGCCCCCCCAGAUGCCCAUGCCGGUGCACGAGCCGCUGUCCCCGCAGCAGCUGCAGCAGCAGCAGGACAUGUACAACAAGAAGAUCCCCUCCUUGUUUGAGAUCGUGGUGCGGCCCACGGGACAGCUGGCUGAGAAGCUGGGCGUGAGGUUCCCUGGACCUGGAGGACCCCCAGGGCCGAUGGGCCCUGGGCCCAACAUGGGCCCCCCGGGGCCAAUGGGGGGCCCAAUGCAUCCCGACAUGCAUCCCGACAUGCACCCGGACAUGCACCCCGAUAUGCACCCCGACAUGCACCCCGACAUGCCGAUGGGCCCCGGCAUGAACCCUGGCCCGCCCAUGGGACCCGCUGGCCCCCCAAUGAUGCCCUAUGGUCCUGGAGACUCCCCCCACUCUGGAAUGAUGCCCCCCAUCCCGCCAUCUCAGAACUUCUAUGAGAACUUUUACCAGCAGCAGGAGGGCAUGGAGAUGGAGCCUGGACUCCUCGGGGACGCAGAGGACUACGGGCACUACGAAGAGCUGCCGGGGGAGCCUGGGGAGCACCUCUUCCCCGAGCACCCUCUGGAGCCCGACAGCUUCUCUGAGGGAGGGCCCCCAGGCCGGCCGAAGCCGGGCGCCGGUAUCCCCGACUUCCUGCCCUCAGCCCAGAGGGCCCUGUACCUGAGGAUCCAGCAGAAGCAGCAGGAGGAGGAGGAGAGAGCGAGGAGGCUGGCUGAGAGCAGCAAGCAGGACCGGGAGAAUGAGGAAGGUGACACCGGAAACUGGUACUCCAGUGAUGAGGACGAGGGUGGGAACAGCGUCACCUCCAUCCUGAAGACCCUGAGGCAGCAGACGUCCAGCAGGCCCCAGGCUUCUGUCGGGGACCCGAGCAACAGUGGGCUGGGGGACCCCCGCCUCCAGAAAGGACACCCCACAGGAGGCCGGCUGGCCGACCCUCGCCUCAGCCGGGACCCCAGACUCACCCGCCACACCGAGCCUUCCGGCGGGUCUGGCUCAGGAGACGCUGGGCCCUCCGACCCCCGGCUGGCCCGCUCUCUGCCCGCCCCGAAGCCCGACGGCGGCCUUCACUCCAGCCCCGCAGGCCCCAGCAGCUCCAAGGGGUCUGGAGCACCCUCUGUGGAAGAGGAGGAGGGGGAGCGGGCCCUGCGAGAGAAAGCCAUGACUAUCCCCCUGGAGCCGCUCCCUGGGCCCCCGCUGCGGGACCCGCGGUCACAGCUGCAGCAGUUCAGCCACAUCAAGAAGGAUGUGACCCUGAGCAAGCCGAGCUUUGCCCGAACUGUGCUCUGGAACCCCGAGGACCUGAUCCCCCUGCCCAUCCCCAAGCAGGAUGCGGUGCCGCCUGUCCCUGCAGCCCUGCAGUCCAUGCCCGCCCUGGACCCCAGGCUGCACCGCGGCACUCCCCCGGGGCCUGCCAACCCCCGGCAGCGCCCCAGUGCUUCCACAGACCCUGGCACCGCUGGCUCCAACCUGCCCGACUUUGAGCUCCUCUCUCGAAUCCUCAAGACUGUCAAUGCCACAGGCCCCUCGGCGGCCUCUGGCUCCGGCGACAAGCCCAGUGACCCCCGGGUGCGGAAGCCACCCACCGACCCUCGGCUCCAGAAACCAGCAGACUCUGCUGCCUCCUCCCGGGCUGCCAAGCCUGGCCCCGCCGAAGCAGCCUCUCCUGCCGCCAGCCCCAGUGGGGAGUCAUCGCCCCCAGCCACCGCCCCUUACGACCCCCGAGUGCUGGCCGCAGGCGGGCUGGGCCAGGGCAGCGGGAGCGGCCAGAGCAGCGUGCUGAGCGGCAUCAGCCUCUACGACCCCAGGACUCCCAACGCCGGGGGCAAAAGCGUGGAGCCGGCCGCUGACACGGGCGUCCAGCCCAAGGGCCCGGAUGGCAACGGCAAGAGCUCGGCAGCCAAGGCCAAGGAGCCCCCGUUCGUCCGCAAGUCCGCCCUGGAACAGCCCGAGCCCGGGAAGCCCGGUGCAGACGGGGCCACCGCCACGGCCACAGACCGAUACAACAGCUACAACCGGCCCCGGCCCAAGGCGGCCUCGGCCCCCGCCGCCACGCCGGGCGCCCCGCCACCAGAGGGCGCCCCGCCCCAGCCUGGCGUGCACAGCCUGCCGGUGCCCGCGCUCUUCGGGACUGUGAGACAGACGCCCAAGGCAGGCUCUGGAAGCCCGUUUGCCGGCAACAGCCCAGCCCGUGAGGGCGAGCAGGACGCGGCAUCCCUGAAAGAUGUUUUUAAAGGCUUUGACCCCACUGCCUCCCCAUUUUGCCAGUAGUGUUAAGCAGGAGUCCAGCGCUCCCCGCACCCCACCCUUCCCAGGGCAAUAUUUAAGGGUAGCAGCCAGAGUUGGGAACUUGGGGGGAGGGGGAUUCUGGGUGGAUUUUCUCCCCUUCUCCCCUUUUCUUUCUCACUCCUCUCUCUCUUCUCUUUUUCUCUCUUUCUUUUUUAAUAGUGCUUUCUUUGCAACAUAUAAAUUGUAUAUAACCAUUUGCAGUCCGUUCUGGUCCGUGCUGCAGGGCUCCCAGGCUCCCACCAAGGAGACCUCCUUGUGCACGUGAACAGUCACAAGUCCCCGGGCCUCUGCCCCAGGCUCAGUUAUCAGGGACUCUGAAGGCUGGAGCCCCAGUCUGGUGGCUGGUGGUCCAGUGGGUUUUCUGGGCAAAGCCGGACUCCUCCUCCUCUCCUGUCCCCCGCCCACACCCCAGGACAAAGGGAACAGUAGGUGUCAGAAGGCACUGAACGCUGCUCACCCUGUAUGAGCAGGCAGAGAGGAAGCCGAGACCGUGGGUAGAGCCUGUGUUGAAGCAGGUCCAGGUGUUUCUAGAACCGCAUACCCCCCUGCAGUACGCCAGCCCUGAUGCCCCACCUCUGGGGCCCGAGGAAGGAAGGAAGGAAUUGGAAAGACAGGCGCAGAGCCCUCGGAAGCCGUCUGGGCUGGGAGAACCCCAGCCGACUGUGCUCCCCUCUCCUGUGGAUUCGUACGCUGGCCUCCCUGCUGUCCUCCGUCCAGAGUUCGUCCUCAGGCCCGUGCCCUCCGCCCGCAUCAGAAGACUCCAGGGUGAGAGAUGGACCUAGAGGUGGCAGGGCUGGUGUGGGGCGGCACCCCCCGAAAGCUGCCUCCAGGAGGCAGACCACGUGUUCUCCGUCAGUAUUAGCUCCUGUCUUGUCCCGGUGUGGCCACGCCAUCCUCCCCUCAGGCCGGGGUCUUUCCUGGGCCUCCGAAGCCAGAGCACCCAGUGUGUUGGUCCCAGCUCCUCUGGGGACAGCUCAAGGAUCCGUGGCAUGGCCGCUCCGCCAGGCUCCCAACAAAAGCCCCGGGGCGGGGGGGGGGGGGGGCGAGGUUCUUGGCCAAGUGUUUCCGUUCUCUGCUUGCUUGGAACCCCCUCCACCGUGUCUGAUGUAGGGCCUGUGGUUUUGGUGUGUUUGCUUUUCUUCCCAGCUAAUGGGUGCACGGGUUCUGAGGCGUGUCACAAUGCUGGAUUUUAGGGGCUUGAGGAAAGGGCAGGGGACUAGCCAGGGCAGGGCAGGGCAGGGGGCCGCUCGGCCUUCACGAGAGGGCUGGCAGGACCCCCGCUUGCGGGUGGAGGGCGCAGAACCGGAAGCCUGCCUCCUGCUCCCAUCUUCCGGCUGAGCCGGAAGAUGGGAGCAGAGACACUAGCCUGGGCGCCCCCCACCUGCCCCAGGACCCGGGCUGAGGUCCAGCCUCAUCCACGGAGCUCCAGGAAAGGCCCACUCCGUGGAUGUGGCCUGGGGCAGCCAGCCUGUGGCUCUGGGGUCCUUCCUCCCUGUCCACAAGCACGUGCCGCCUCUUGCCUUGCUCUUGGCCCGUCACCCCAGCUGCCUUGCUGCGGGCCCUCAUCCCUUCCUUGCUGAUGGUGAGGAAGCCUGGUGGUCCGGCCAGAGGGCCCCCUCCCACCGUCUUGGGGUGUGCGGUGAGCGAGGCUCCUCCCCCAAACCCUCUCCCCCGGAAGGAAGCCCGUUGUCAAGUUUGGGGCCAGAAGCUCAGGUGGGAAGAGGCAGCCCCCGGGGACGGUGCGCCGUGAUCAGGUUGGUUUGGUUUGUCUCUGUCUUUUUUGUUUUGUGGUUUUUAAACAAUCAUUAGUGAGAUUUUUCUUCAGCCUCCAGUGUUGGCCUUGAAGCAAAGGGCCGCAGCCCUCGGUGUCUGUAAAGUAAGAAAAGACACACAGUGUGGCUGUGGGGUUUUUUUCCCUCGCUCGCUCGCUCUCCCUCCUUUGAGAAUUUUCUUUUGUAAAAGCAAAAUUAAAUACUUUUUUAAAACCGAAAUCUGUGGAUGAAUUAGAAGCUGGAAGCCUCCUCUAGGAGUAUUCAGCCUAAGAACCUCACGGGACUAUGAAUUCCCCCCGAAAUUUUCAUUUGCCAUAAGGCCAAGCUUUUAAAAACAAAACGUUCUCUAACCAGGAUUGUAACAAAAGUGUAAAUACUGCUUCAGAGUUGAAGGUUGAUGGUGCAAAUAUGUAUAUAAUGGACCGUAUUUUUACAAUGAUCAUCGCAUGACUCCCAGCUCCCUUUUUGUACUCAUCUGUCUUCCAGAAAUGUCACCUGCCCUUCCUCCUGUGGUCUCUUAAUCCAAUAAUUGUAUUACUGCCAUUAAAGGAUGCAGUUAUUUUAAAAA